AUGGCAGGCUCCUCUGAGGACGAGCGGCGGCGGCGGCGCCGCCGCUGUCCCGCUGAUCUACGUGACGCCGAGCCGGAGGAAGGCGAGCUGGUCCCCGGGUGCGACUCCGACGUGGACACCGAUGACUACUACAACAACCACAACUACUAUUCCUCGAGCGACACAGAUGAGACGACCAGCGACUGCAACUGCGCCCGCUCCGUCGUCCCGGCGAACUACGGCGGCGCCGCCGGCCCGUCCUCCGCCGCCGCUGCGGCGAACAACAACGGCAACACCGCCAGCUCGUCCCCCGUCGUCGCGGCGCCGGCGGCGGUGCUCUCGUGCCCCGUCUGCGGGAAGGAGUUCCGCAGCCGCAAGGCCGUCUGCGGACACAUGAAGGUUCACCAGCAGGGGACGAUUGGGCGCCGCCAUGAGCAGCAGGGGGUCGGGAAGGACAAGGGGAUCAAGCGCAAUGCGGCUGUCACGGGGGGCUGGGGCGGCACCGGCAAGCGAGGCUGCUCCGGGUGUUGGAGCAAGCCUGCCUCUCCCAAUGCCCAACCGGACCAAUCCAUGGCCAUCGUCGUUGCAAACCCCAAAACUGUCUUGCAGCCGAUGCCCGUGGCGUUCGCAAUGCCCGUGCCCAUGGAGCCCGCAACGCCAAAUCCAUCAUCCGUGCCCAUGGCGUCCGGAACACCGAAUCUGUCGUCCGUGCCCAUCGCCUCCACGAUGACCAAUGUUUCCGACGAGAGCAGCUCUGCGAAGCCGAUGCGCGGUGAUGCAAUAGAGACAGUGGUGGCAGGAGCAGACAGCCCACCCACCGAAGCCGUCGUCCACGAGCAACCCAUUGAGCCGCCGCCGCCGCCGCCGCCUGAUGCAGAGGAGGAGCGAGUUCAACUUCCACCCGUCCACCCGCACCCCAUUGCGCCGCCGCUUCCAGUUGCAGGUCGCCAAAAUCCGAACGGGUACACAUGCAAACAGUGCGGCGUGUGGUUCGCGAUGCACCAGGGCCUCGGUGGCCACAUGGCCGGCCACAAGACCAGGGAGCUCGCCGCCGUUCCAUGCCGCCGUGACGCCAAGCCGGAGAAGGUGCACGUGUGCAGGAUCUGCGCUGCGGUGUUCCCCGCCGGAAUACAGCUCGGCGGCCACAUGAGGAAGCACUAUACUGGCGCGCCGAUCGUGCCCAAAAAGAAGCCGCGACUCGCCGUCCAGCCCCUUCCACCGCCGGCGGAUCAGAGAACCCUCGAGCCUGCACCUAGGCCGGCCGUGGCGGGCAGAGUGCGUCUCUUUGGCGUUGACAUUGAGGCGGGGCCGCAGACGCCAGCGGCGCAAGAAGAAGGCUCGUCUGCGACUCAGGCCCCCUCGGCGUCCACCGGUGGGGAGCAGUAA